UCGGUUUUUAGCUCAUUAAUUGGUUGGGUGGGCUACUGCUAAUGCUCCUUCUUCGUUUAUCCAAUAGUAACAGUCGUCCUCCGAUAUAUACAAAACCGACACAUACGAAAGCUACAAGAUUUUCGUUUGCCAUUGCAUGUGAUUGCUGUGGGUUGUUUUGUGGUGAAAUGUUGCUAGUGGGUUUUCGGUGAGCGUAGAAGGUCCCGCUCACCGACAUGAGCCCGACGGAGCCUGUUCAGGCGGCCAUUUGGCAAUGCCUGAAUCAGCACAAAUUAGACGACGCUAUUUUCCUGUCGGAGAGAUUACAUGCAGAACUUCACUCCGACGAGUCACUAUUUCUACUUGGAACGUCAUACUACAGGGCGGGGCGCCUCAAGGCCACGAAAAUUUUGCUUAACGAGUCAAGCCAUCCGCAAUGUCGUUACUUAUUAGCUCGGUGCUGUUUGGAGCUAAAUGACCUCGUGAAGGCCGAGCAAGCCCUAACAGGCAGUGUGCCUUUCACCACGGAUCAAGAUGUUGUGGAAAAUGUCUGCAAGGUUUUCGGAGAUAACGCGUCAUUUGCCUUGAGUCUUCUGGGCGAAAUAUACGCAAGCACACGGCGAACCACACGAGCCGUCGAGGCCUACCAGGCAUGUCUGAGGCUCAAUCCAACUCUGUGGUCAGCGUUCGAAGCGUUAGUCGGGCUCGGCCUUCGACCGGAUCCGGCGCGGUUGUUCUCACUUGGGAAUAACGAUCUCGUUCUGAAUAGCCUUGUGUCAACUCCGUCAACAGCCCACUCUCCUGUGGCGGCAGCUACGCCAGCCGGUUGGGCGAUCCAUAAUCAUGGAACGAACUGCGGAAGUAACGUCUUACAUUGCAAAGACAAUGUCAACUCAUCAACCACAAACACCACAGCCCAAGCCGGCGGCGGCGGGCAUUCUAUCAGCCAUAUCCACAGAGAUAGCAACACUGACUCUACCGUCGACCUCAAUUCAACUGUGAUAACAACAAGUGGCGACAUGUCUGGCGUUAAGGAGUUUACUCCAGAUCCUUCUGGUACGUCUGGAGGACUUAGCCUGGGGAUGGGUGGAGGUGUCGUUUUAAUUAAUCCCCAGACACCUCUCAUACAUUCUGCAGCUCCCACGCCAAUACGGGCAACACGGCUGCAUCAUGGCGAGACGAGAGGACAUCAUCACGUUACACCUGCUACACCAAUGUUCGGAAGUAUGCAGCCGGUGUCUCAAUUGGUGUUUACCAGUCCGGAGGCGAUGGGACCUCCAGGAACGCCAUUCGUUGUUCCCACGCAAGGUGACCGAGCCCCCUCAGUGCAAACCCCUGAUGUAGGCGAGGUGGCUCCAUUAAAACGAACCAAGAAAAUUAAUCAAUUCUUUGGGCAGAGCACCAGUAAUAACAAUGCACAGACUCCAACUAAUACGAAUCCACUGACUCCCCGUCGAUCGACGCGACUGUUUACGUCUAAUUCGAUCAAAGAAAAUACAACAAAAACAGCUACAUCCCCAAGAAGUGCCCGUAUCUUGCUCUCAUCCAAUCGAACACCAAGCAAAAAAUCUAAAUCACCUGCGCCUGCUUCCGAAAAAACUAAAAGCUCUCCGGAACCUAUUGGAAACAUGGUCGAAGAGCUGAACAAGGCUAACGACGCUCUAACCCUGCAGCUGAGCGUAACUCAAAUGCAAAGAAGCUCUCUCAAUGGGCUGAUGCAACUUCUACAGUCUCUGGCUCGUGCUUUUCUUCAGCUGGGUGAUUUUCGAUGCCGUGCUGCCGUUUCGUCGUUAACGAGUUUACCUCCACACCAGUUCGAGACAGGUUACGUCCUUUCGUUACUGGGUCAAGCAUAUUUUGAACUGCGUGACUAUGAACGCUGUAACGAAACGUUUGAACAUAUGAUGAAAUUGUUCCCCUUUCACCUUAAUGGGCUCGAACUCUAUUCAAGUUCAUUAUGGCAUAAAAUGGCGGAAAAGAAGCUCAGCUACCUCGCGCAGACGUUGGUUGAACUUGAACCAAAUGCGCCUCAAACGUUGUGUGCAUUAGGAAAUUGUUUUUCACGUCAGAAAUUACAUAGCCAAGCUGUUGAGCAGUUAGAGAAGGCAUGCCGGUUGCAUCCUCGGUUCCAGUAUGCAUUCACAUUGCUAGGACAUGAAUAUGCGAACAAUGAGGAACUUGAAAAGGCCAUGCAAGUUUACCGAAGAGCCUUAGCUGUAAAUGCAAAUUCUUAUCUCGUUUGGAGCGGACUUGCCAGCGUCUAUAUGAAGCAAGAACAGUAUUCAAUUAGCGAAGGCCAUUGGCGAAAGGCGAUCCAGCUUAACCCCGAGAACCCAACUCUGCUGGUACAUCUCGGAGUCGCUCUUCAUCAGCAGAGCAAAUCCGCCGAGGCUGUACGCGUACUCUCCCGAGCAAUUCACCUAGAACCUAAGUUCGCCUUAGCUAAGUUUCACCGAGCCACUUCAUAUUUAGCCAUGGACAAGUGCCAGGAGGCGUUAAGCGAUCUACACGAGCUGCGAACAAUCGCCCCUCAUGAGUCAAUGGUUUAUUAUCUCCUUGGUAAGGUGUACAAGAAGCUUGGAAAAGAGCACCUGGCGCUUAUGAACCUUUCAAGAGCCACAGAUAUGGACCCAAGGGGUGUGUACACCCAGAUCAAGGAGUCGCUCGACCCAGUCCGGGAAAGCGGAGCUGGCGGUCGCACAGACCAAUCGGAAGGUGGUGGCAGUAUUAGUCCGGGCCAGACAAGUACCCCAAUUAGCGGGUCUGGCGGCCAAAUUGGGGGAGGCCAUGUAGAAGGUCCUGGUCAUCACUCAGCGGCCACCCCGCAGGGCCACACCCAUAGCAGGCAUCCUCACUCGCCUGAUUUGGCUCGUGAGUUUGCCUUGCGUGGAGCAGAUUCUAUGAUCGCUGCUGAGUCCGAACUAAAUAUGGAGAGCGACGACAGUUUCUAGAGAAGGAUCCGUCGGCAGUGAGCGGUGGAUGGGCACACACCAGUCAUAAAUAUUGCGCUUAUUAUUAUUGCUAUAGCUGUCAAUUAGUGGUUUGGUGGCUUGAUAGAUGUUACUAUUUAGUGCAUUUCAAGGACUAUGAGAAUUUGUGAAGUAUUAGAACGGAGAUAAUACUACAGUAAGGUAGCCCGCCCUACGGGGAGAUCGGAGCAAAACCCCAUAAGCGCCAAUACAAGCCUCAUCAUAUAUAAGAAGAGCAACUAAGUCUAGUUAAAAAAAAGAUGUACGUGGCAUUCUGAAAGAUGAGAGAGAGAAAGAGAGAGAGAGAUUGAUCUAUUAUCGGAGCCGAACAAAUUCGAUUUGGUCGGACAGAGUUACAUCACUCAAAACUAUUAAGUAUGAAGUAAAAUGUCUCUGAUUCUGGGUAACUGGGGGGUUACCAAAUUUUAACGCGUAGUUCAAGACAUAAUGAAUCGAUGAUGGGGUUGGGAAAGUUGUAGGUAGCUUGAAGCAAAUAAAUCAGAUAUCACUAUUGUGUUGGUCAGUUUCGGCUUGCGUAAAGCUACUGAAAAUAUGUAUUAGCUAUGGGAUAGAAAAGCUAUUCUGAACGAUUAGCAAUAGACAGUGGUAUAUAUGGAUACGUACUGAAAUUCAGUUGGUUUAGCAUUGUUGGAAUUGAUUAAUUUCAGUUCUCAAAAAAAUUGGAAGAAAAAUAGACAUGAUUAUUACUUGAAUGCAUGUGUACAUAUACCUAAGCUAUAACUAACUAUAGGAAAACUAUUUAAAAAUAAAAUAUAACAGAGGAAGACCGCAGAAAUAAUAAAAAGGUAAUUUUAUAU